GCUGUACCUGUAGCCAGCAGCAUUUCCCAGGACAGGUGUCUGACCAUUAGUACAGCAUUCCUCCCAUGAAAUUCUUGCGAGUGCAGAGACCGCACGAGGGGGUGAGGGAGGGGUAGGGGCUGCGCACACACGCACGCGCUCUGCCACAGCAGCAGACACGAGCAGCAGCAUCACAACACGCGCCUCCCAGCAGACAGGUGUAAACAGUUCUUCGAGUCUUCUCCCUCCCGGCGGGCCGUAGCAGGUAGCAGGUGUCAGUGUCAAACGUCUUUGUUACUUUUCGUCACCUGACCGAGCAGCACGGGUGCUGGACCAACACCGGCGCCUGUACCCUCAUCAGAUUCUAGACAACGGACGGUGAAAUCGCACGCGAAGAUCUGGGAGGUUCUGGAAGGAGGGGAAAGUAUUUCACAACUGCUACUCUCAGCACAAGACUGGGAUUACUGACAAGGUGAGCACCUGUCCCAGCGUCGUCCUGACAGCACCUGACGGCCUUGGAGGUGCUGGUGCAGCCGGGUGUUUCCCAAAUUAGGACUGAUCCCACCAGGGGCGACUACAGCGACUGCAGCGACUACAGCAGGCAGGUCACGAUGGCGGCGAUGGUAGAACUGCGGAGGAAUCCAGGCCAACCCUGGGGAUUUCGUCUGCAAGGAGGACUGGACUUCGGGCAGCAGCUGACCGUCAAGAAGGUUCAGCCAGGUACCCCCAGCGCCGGCGCCUUGACUCCGGGGGACACGAUCGUUGGUAUCGGCAGCACCAACGCCAAAUCCCUGACACACAUGCAGGCUCAUCAGCUGAUCAAAAGCGCCGGCAACGUCUUACAACUGACACUACUCAGAGGGCAGUCCACGGACUUCUCUGCCAUCAAGCCAAAAGGGCCAGUGAAGUUUUCCCCCUGGAGGCAGAACUAGAUUGACCUUGGAGUUAGUGUCAGCCUUUCCCAUGCUUCUGGCCGUCGACGGAUACUGAGGAGAAAUGUGACCCACAAAACAUCCAUCAAACUUCUUUUUCAGCUGCAGGCCCACGACAUCAGACGAUCACGAGCUGCAGCCAUGCUUGGGUCAGAAGACAGGCAAUGACUGACAUUCUUGCGAUGGAUGCUUGAGUGGCUGGGGAUGGUUUCCUAGCUUUCAUUCACCGUAAGAAUGUUUAUUGAGAUAAACAGCGAGCUUUGGAAAGUGAGAGUAAAUAUUAUAUCAUGGAAGAAUAUAUUUUGACAAAUACAUUUAAGUUUCGUGCAUAAAUUGAUUAUUGAUACUGCCACCAGUUGAAUAGACUAUUACAUACUUAGUAAAGAUCAAAGAAAAGUGUAAAAACCAGAAAAUGUGGGACAAUGAACACUUACUGGUCUUACAAAGCUCUCCUGUGAUUCAGCUGUUUUAUUUACGAAGCUAUUUAUUUUCGAUAUAGAAGUGUAAAACAGUUUCUAGAGUGUUAAGUAAUCAGGUUAAGUAAUCUCAGACAUAAUUUAUACAGACAUAUGUAAGUUAUGGCACUUAGUACUUCAGCAUCCCACCAUCGCUGUCAACUGAUUUUACCUGCUAUGGUGUUAACACCUGGCUAGAACAGGUAAUAAAAGACCUGAUGAGCAGCGGAAGGUUUUGCCAUCACUGGCGAGCCUCGUCUCCUGGAUGCGGUUUUUCACGAGCUAUGCAAAAUGUCAAGCAGCUUUCUUUUGUGACACCAGUUGGUCACAUGAUUAGUCCUCGUGGUGACGUCACACCAUGUGUGUCUGGCACUCACAGCAGUUUGCCUUUACUAUCGGAGUGUUGCACAUUGCAAUAGUUUAUGUUGUACUGGACAUGUGUGUAGUUGUGUGUAGUAGAUACCCGUGUGUGAGGGAUACUGGUGUUGUAAAAGCUUUUCAUUUCCGGGGCUGAGUCGUACUGUCGCUGUAAAGCCUCGUUAACAAAUGUACGUCGACGCCGAAGUUGCGAGAUGGCGAUGACGAGUGAGUAGUGUGCAUGGUUCAUGGUACUUCAGUUGACUGCCACAGUUAGUGAUUGCAGUUCUCGCCAUUGCUCGUCACACCGCGACCUGAAUGACGAGAGGUCACUCGGGUCAACUCUCGUCUCGCGAGACGUGGAGCAGACGGCGAGAAAGAUGGUGGCGUGAGACUGGACCGCGCCAAGCCAGUAGCCACGCUUAUGUGCGUUUGAUAGACGUUUAGGGUUGUGUCCACUCGUCCACAUUCGCUCUGUCACCUGUCGCAGGAAACCGAUGUUAGAGUCGUGUGCACGUGUAGACUGUACGAGUCACUGACACUGACACCUGCAUACUGACACAAACACUUUGCACUCAAUGUUAUGUUUUAGAUUUCAGUGUCCUUUCUCAGUUCUCAAGAGUAACGAACAGCGGUCUUAAGUGUUAAGCAACAUCAAGAUUGAGCAAUAAAUUACAAAAAUAGAAA